AUGGGGUCUAGCGGGGUCAAUGGGGGAUCUAGCGGGUCGAGCAACUACAUCUCCGACCUGACCACCGAGGACUUCGACGGGUACGAGAGGUCCCUGCAGACGCUCGUGUUGGCCGAAAACUCCCUCACGAUCCUGCCGGAGGGAAUCUUCAGGACGCUGGAGAACCUGAAGACGCUCAACCUCAGGGGAAAUAAUAUUAUGACCAUCAACCCCAGGGCGUUCCAGGGCUCGUCCAGCCACCUGGCCCACAUCAACCUGGCCAACAACCUGCUCACGACCAUCCCCUUCGAGGCCAUGUCCGAGGUCCGCAACAUCCAGACUCUGAACCUCGCUAGAAACAUGAUAACGCAGACGUACGAGGUCCUCUACACGGGCUCCCUCUCCAUGGACACCCUUGUCCUCGACUUCAAUCAGAUCGAAUCACUCCAGCCUUACUCCUUCCAGAACUUCGGCAACAUCAAUCGCACUUCCCUGAGAGGAAACCCCCUCACCCACAUCUCGGAGGAUGCCUUUAAGGACGCCAAGAUCAAAGAGCUCUACCUUCACGACUGCGACCUUUGGAGCAUAUCGGAGAAGGCUUUCGGAGGACUCGAGUCCACCUUGCAGUUGCUCGAACUCAGCUACAACAACCUGUCGUCCAUCCCUGAAAAGGCUUUUGAUAAGCUCGACGCCCUCCGCUCCCUCUCCCUCAGCAACAACAAGAUGUCUCUAGAUCCGACGGAGGCAUUUAAUGGUUUCCGUUACACGCUUCAGUACCUCAAUCUCUUGGGUGACAACAUGGGAAGCAUCCCGAUGGAUAAGCUGAAGGAGAUGCGCAACGUCAGAACCCUCGGCCUCAGCACCUUGCCCGACAAGUCCCUCUCCAAGGAAGACUUCCGAGGCUUCGGCCCCGCCAUGGAGAAGCUCUACCUCAUGAAGAACGGCAUCUCAGCGAUCUCGGGACACGCCUUUGAGCACGUUCCUGGCGUCAAGAUCCUCGACCUCUCCAACAAUAACAUCGGUACGAUCGAUAACGAGGCCUUUGUCAACAUUGGGAGCGGCCUGGAGGAGCUGCGCCUGAGCUCGGGACUGUCGAUGAGCCAGCUGCCCCCGCAGCCGAUGCAGUACCUGACGCACCUCAGGGAGCUGGACCUGAGCAACAACAACCUCCAGAAAGUUGUUGGCGAAUGCUUCCGAAACAUGCGCCGUCUCAAGAAGCUCAACAUUCAGGACAACAAGAUCGAUUCCCUCUCUCGCAACCAUUUCCAGGGACAGUACCAUCCGUACCUGGAAUCAAUCCAGCUUUCCUUCAACUCAAUUAAGAAAAUCGAGCCCCAGACGUUCCACGACUAUAGAAAUCUCAAAUACCUAUACUUGGACGACAAUCAAAUCUCCAAGAUCUCAAGGUCAGGCUUCUCCAACCUCGAGAGCCUGGAGCACUUGGACCUCGAAGGCAACAAUAUCCGCCAUCUGGAGUACGAGGCCUUCCAGAACAUGCCUAAACUGAGAUAUUUGGACCUCUCCUUCAACGAGAUGACGAACCUCAACCUCGACGCCUUCGACCAAGUGGGAACUCUCUCUUCGCUGACCAUCGACGCCAGCCACAACCGCAUCCCGUACCUCAAGCUGAACGGGUCCACCUGGAACUCGUACCUGAGCAUCAAGAUGAUCGACUACAGCCACAACAACAUCACCUGGAUCUCGCGCGACUACUUCGAGUCCGUUCGCUCCUCCAUCCUCCACUUGUGGUUCCACCACAACAACCUCCGCAACGUGAGCGCCAACGUCUUCGGCACGUUCCCUCACCUGCAGCUCCUCGACUUCGCCCACAACCGCAUCGAGCAGAUCGACCACGAGGCCUUCCGCGAAACCCGCCACAUCCAGUACGUCAACUUCCGCCACAACGACAUCAGCGACCUGCCCACGUCCCUGUUCGAGAACCACCAGCGCCUGCGCCACUUCGACGUCUCGUUCAACCACCUGCGCGGCAUCCCGGACAGCCUCUUCAAGACCUCCCCGCUGGAAAUCUUCAAAGCCAGGAACAACCGCUUCACCAAAUUCCCGGAGUCCAGCCUCCACCGCUGCGCUGAAACCCUCCGCGUGGUCGACUUGGCCUACAACCAGAUAACGUCGCUCACCGACUCCAUGAUGGGCCGCUUUGACAACAUGGUUUCCAUCGACGUCUCUCACAACCACAUCAAGACCAUCGAGGCGCGCGCCUUCAGGGGCACAGGCCGCCUCGUCGCCCUUGACGUCUCCCACAACCCCAUCAAGGAUCUCCCAGGCUUCACCUUCGACGGGCUUCAGGAGUCGCUGAUGAACCUGAGCGUGGCCAACACCUCCCUGAGCGCCGUGCCUGACUUCGACCUCCCGCGCCUCAUGCACCUCAACGUGUCCCACAACAUCCUGUCGUUCCUGCCCUCCGUCACGAUGGCCAACCUGUCGUCCAUUAGAGUCCUGGACAUCUCCUACAACGAGCUCCCUGUUCCGGCCAACAGCGCCUGGCAGAUGCUCCCUCGCCUGCGGGAACUGUACAUGCAGAAGAAUCCCAUCCGGUCCCUCACCAACACGUCCUUCACGGGGCUCGAACGGCUUGAGAUUCUCGACAUCAGGGACUUCCCGCUGCAGGUCUUCGAGGCGGGCUGCUUCACCUCCUUGACCUCGCUCCGACGUCUGUACAUGACGACUCACCCGCAGAUCAACAGGUUCAACCUCGCGAGAGCACUGCACAACGUCCCAUCGCUUCAGGAACUUAUCCUUGAGGUCGACGGGACACUGAACUCCGAACUGAUGAACUACGAGCUCCCUUACAGGCUAACCAACAUCACUCUCAUGGGUCCGCGCAUGCGCAAGAUUUCGCCAACAGCUCUUCAGGAAAUACGAGCAAGAGAACUGCAACUUACUUUCUACCGAACUCACAUGGAGGAAGUUCCCCGAGACGUCUUCAAGAACCUCGGGAGAGUCAAGUACGUGGCCGUGGCCGCCGAGAACAACACGAUGACCAAGCUGGGCGAGCCGUCCACCACAGGCUACCCCGGCGUCCCCAACUCCGUGUUCCUGACCGACCUCCGCAUGCACAACAACCAGUGGAAUUGCGACUGCGGGAUUGGCUGGAUCGAAGGCUGGCUCAAGAAAUGGCGCCAGUCGGUGUGCGUGGACAACGGCCGGUUAGAAGAGUACCUCAGAUGCCAAGACACGGUCCAUCGCCUCCGCCAAACACCUUGUAACAACAAGAGAAAGUCUAUAAUGGAAGCCCUGAAGACGGAUCUCGAGUGCGGAUCCACCGCCGGCGCCAGUCUCGUCGCCCCUUCUCCUCUCCUCGCUCUCCUGCUGGUGGGCGUCCCUUUAUUCCUGAUGGGGACACCCUAAAUGCGACCCAGAGACGUGAGUGCGCCGCAGACACCCCAGGACAACAGCCGUUUCCCAUUUUCUCUGAUUCUAGUCAUGGCGGAGUGAUGCAUGACGUCCAAGGAAAAGAUCCGCCUCCUUGUAAGGAUUCCUUAGUCCGUGAAGAAAACGGGCAUAAGGAAGCGGGAAUAUCAGUUCACCCCCAAAAGAGGUGGUGUUCGUGUUGCCAUUUUCAAGAAACAGGUUAUGCUGGAAAUUAUAUAUAUGCGAAGAAAGAACAUCAUACUAAUAUUAGUGUUACACUUCUGUCGCUUUCAGGGGAAGUAUUACACUAUAGAAAUAUUGGAAAGGAUCAUAACAUUGAGCAAAACGCCAGAGAAAACGUGAGACCCAUAGAAAAUGGAGAAAAUGCAACAUUCAUAGAAAACGAAGAAAAUAUGUGUUGUUGUUUCUGGGGGUACUUCGAUUGUUCGGCUAUUGAGGAUAAAAUUCGUAUGAAUGGCGAUGAUCGAGAGUUGAAUCCACAUAAACCAUCCGGAAACCAAAGUAGUGUAGAAUAUCCGAUUCCGAACCGAGAAAACGAUCCUUUUCCGACACCUGAAAGCAAUUUAACCUCUUUAAAUGGAGUGAGUGAUUGUGUGUUCAGUGAUAGUCUUCGAUUGCCGUGUUCCGUUCAUUUUAUAAAUCAUUCGUCGACUUUUCUUCUUCCUCUCUACAUGCCACCACCGCCUCCGAUUCUUCCUCCUCCCCCGCUUUUUAUUCCUGCUUUUCCUCUUCCUCCCUCUCCAUUUCCCUUUUCUCCUUUUCCUUCUCCUGCUCUUCUUCAACAUCCUCAACCAUCCGUUUUCCAAUCUUUCUUAUGCAGUCUUUCUUCCUCUCAUCUUCCCAUACCUCCACCUCCUCUUCCUCCUCCACCUCCUCUUCUCCCUCUUCCACCUCCUCUCCGUUUCUUCUUUCCUCCUUCGUCCGCCUCUUCAAGAUAACUAGACCAAUUAAAGAUUUAUUGUCGCGCCUUCCUAUUUCAUAUGAAUUUGUAAAAGUUUUUUUUAACUAGUUUUAAUCUAGUCUUAUAAAAGCCUCUUGUUGGAAGAGGUUUGUGCAGGCCGAAUGAUAUCGACUCUCACAAAGAUAAUGCGAGAGAAUCCACCAGAAAAAAAGGAAAUAAAUAAAAUUGUCUAUCUUAUAAGAUAACAAAGUCUGCAAUUCCCAAGACAGUUGUUUUAAAAAAUAUUGAUAAUGAUAAUGAGUAAUGUAGUAUAGAUGUGUAAUUAUAGGCCUACAUACGUCUUCCUAGAACAAUCAUGUAGUUAUUUCACCCUCUGGAAGAAAUCUGGUGUUCAGAAAUUGGCGUUUAUAACGUCUGUAGUUGAUAACAGUACUGUAUUAUCCUUGCACAUGAUGUACCUUAACCCCUUGUAUGAUUUAACUGUUAUAUAUAUGUAGUGUUUAUCUAUGAUUACUUUCUCCAUGUUUAUUUCAAAGAGGAAAAAAAACAAUAAUCUCCUAUGCAUUUUAUUUUCUCUUUCUCUCUUUCUCACAACGACAAUAGUCAACACAGCCAUGCUAUAAUGAUACUUAAUACAAUGGUAUAUAAAUGCAGUUUUGAUUUAACAAACAAAAGGUUACUCAUGUAUUCUUGUAGUGUAGUGUAUGUGUAUUUUCCUCUUCAUGCCCCUGGAUUGCACACCUUCUCAUAUUUAUUGAUACCUGAAAUAUCUAUCUUUAGUAAACUAUCUUUUUACUUAAUUCACUUCGUGUAUAGAAAAUAAAUCUAUAUGAUAAA